GAUGUCAUAAACCAGGCCAUGUAAACAUAGUUACUUUAGCAAGGCUUGAAUGAGUGGAUCAUCUAGCUGUAUUAUCCUCAAAAAAAUAAUUAGUGAAUGCUGUUUUGAUGUUUUGGUUGUGUUGUUAUUUCAAUAAUUGUGUAAACAGAUGUGUAUAGAAAAGUUACUACUUGUAUGAUAGUAGGAUUAAUGUGAUAUUGAACAGUGUUCUUAUGUAUGAUCUUUCAAUUAGUAAGGAGUUUCCACACAAGCUUUGGUUGCCAUGCCGCAGAAUCAUCUUUGUUGGCUAAACUAAGGAAGAAAACAGGAUACACUAUUGCCAACUGCAAGAAGGCCUUGGAAAUGCAUAAUAAUGAUAGUGAUAAGGCUGAAGCGUGGCUGAACGAGCAAGCACAGGCCAUGGGUUGGGCAAAAGCAACAAAGCUAGCUGGAAGGAAAGCACUACAGGGGCUUGUUGCUGUUAAAUUUGACAAGAACCACGGAGCUCUCGUAGAGCUAAACUGUGAAACUGACUUUGUGGCUAAGAACGAAAAGUUCCACAAAAUGAUGGAAGAUGCUACGCUCGCUUGCUAUAAAUUCGCCCACACACACAUGCAAGCUAAAGGACCUAUUACAAAAAUGGAGCUGGACAGUGAGCAAUUGGGGAACCUUAGUAUUGAUGGUAAGAAGCUAUCCGAAGUUAUAGCUCUCUUCAUCGGUUCUGUGGGAGAAAAUGCCGUGCUCAGGCGUGCAGAGUGUUGGAAAGCAAACAGCAAUGAUGUAAAAAUAUCUGCGUACACUCAUCCAGCUCCAGCUGUUCCAGGAGACUAUUCAGCGGGAAAAUAUGGCGCGCUCUUAGCUUACAAGCAACCAAAUGACGUAGAAGAUAUUGGGAGACAAUUAUGCCAACAUAUUGUAGGUUGUGCUCCAUUGAAGAUUGGUAACAAAGAAAAAGAUGAACAAGCUAAAAAUUCAGAUGACGAAACAUGUUUGAUCUAUCAAGAAUAUUUAUUAGAUCCUUCAUACACUGUCCUAGAAAUUUUGGAGCAAAACAAAGUUGAAAUUAUUGACUACGUUCGAUUUUCUUGUGGUGAAUCAGAAGAGGCAGCAAUGCCUGGCGUAGAGAAACAACCUUUGGAUACUGUUCAAACAUUACAGUAAUUUAAGGUUUUCGAAUUUUGUAGGAAAUAAAUGAAACACAUUGUUGAUUAAAUACAUAGAUAUUUAUUUGCAUUUAACUAAUAAAUUACUUCAAAAUA